UUCAUUUUUUUCAGGUAGUCUUCAUUUUUUUCCAGUUAGUCCAUUAUUUCUUUCAGUUGGACUUUGUUUUGUUUCAGUUGGUCCAUUCUUUGUUUCAGUUGUCCAUUAUUGUUUCAGUUGGUAUACAUAUUACGAAACAAAGUCCAACUGAAACAAAACAAAGUCCAACUGAAACAAAAACAAUAACCAACUGAAACAAAAACAAUAACCAACUAAAACAAAACAAAGUCCAACUGAAACAAAAACAAUAACCAACUGAAACAAAACAAAGUCCAACUGAAACAAAACAAUAACUAACUGAAACAAAAACAAAGUCCAACUGAAACAAAACAAAGUCCAACUGAAACAAAACAAAGUCCAACUGAAACAAAACAAAGUCCAACUGAAACAAAACAAUAACGAACUGAAACAAAACAAAGCCCUGGUUUUCCUCCAAGCCAUAUUCAUCUUGCUUUACCAUAAUGUCUUAAUACAUGUCUUCUUCCUUCUUGCUCGAAGACAUUUUCAAUGCCUCAUUUGUUAAGCGUUGCUGAGGAGUCGUCCUUUCUAUCACCUUCUUGAAAUCUCUUGUAUAUAUCUCCUUUGUAAAAUUUUCUUGUUCUAGCCACAAGAAUUAAUGACACAAGUGCAGUAAAAAAUGUAGCAACCGCGAUUAUUAUGUAGGCUAACUGGUAGCACUUAACUCCAAUGCAGUGCAACUCUUCCCCUUCCUUCCGAGUGAGCCCCAAUGCCUGGAGUUGGCAUUGAAAAUGUCUUCGAGCAAGAGGGAAGAAGAAAGCUUGCUCUGAACUGUCGUUUUGUAUCUCUUGGAAAACAACAUCGAUAAAAUUGUCAUUUAUGCCUACCAGAUUAGAGUCAUUGGACAUAAAAAACAUACAAUUGCCCCAGAAUUAAAGGGAGACAGACUAUGUUGUUGACGCAUUUCUCGCGAGACGUUGAGUGGGAAGAUGACAUGGAGGAUUUGGCUUAUGCAAACCUAGGCCAAUAAUGGUUUUGAUGUAUUGGGCUCAGCCCGUCCGACGGAAAGUGUUGGGUCAGACGGUCUGACCCAAUACUUUCACUUUGCGAAAAAUGCAAUCUUUUUAAUUAGAAGGUGUAAUUCAUGAAAUAACCAAGUUCUCUAUUUAUUCAUAAAUACCUGUUGAUGAUUAAAUGCAUGGUCUUUACUCUUGCAUGCAUAUAUACCCCCCUUUCCACCUCCAAAACCUAAACCCAACCCCUCACGUAUACACAUAGAUCUUUACAUCUCACCUUCUAUCCUUUCUCUUGCAAUGGAUAACCGAGUAAACCAAUCCAGUGACAAAAAAUCUACUCUUUCUAGCUUCUUUGAUGAAGAAAUUACAGAAGAUCAAUCACCCAGCUUUCAACACCUCUCUAACCCGCUCCAUCAAAACUUUUCCCCUCGCCGUUAUGGCCCUCAUUUCAACCCUGAUUCCUCACCAUUACUGUCUCAAAGCCCAGAAUCUUCCUGGUCUCCUUCUCCUCCAUUGACCCCUUCCCAACCUUCCCUUCUCUACUGUUGCAUCUCCUCUCUCCGCCGCGAUGGCGACAUCUACUCGGUCGCUGUGUCCGGAGACCUAGUUUUAACUGGCUCGAGUAGCCGUCGAGUUUAUGCAUGGCAGUCACUUGACUGCCAUGCAAAAGGCUACAUACAAGCCCGGUGUGGUGAAGUUCGAGCCAUGCUAGCUUAUGAUGACAUGCUCUUCACUUCACAUAAAGAUCACAAACUUAGGAUAUGGAAUUUGAGGUUCUUUAAUGGUAACUUUAGGGCUAGAAAAGUCAUUACCUUACCAAGUUCUAGCCAUUUCAAGAACUUCAUAUGUAGGUCAGUUAGCCCACCACAUAGGUUAACUUCUAAACCAGUUAACCCACAACAUAAGGACAUUAUCUCUUGCAUGGCAUACUACCAUGUUGAAGGGAUAUUAUAUACUGGCUCAUUUGAUAGAACUAUUAAAACCUGGAAGUUAACUGAGAAGAAAUGUGUAGACUCCUUCAUAGCUCAUGGAGAUCAUAUUAAUGACAUGGUAGUCAACCAACAAAAUGGCUCUCUGUUUACUUGUUCAUCAGAUGGGACAGUAAAGAUGUGGUUUAGGGUUCAUGGGGAAACCUGCCAUGUUCUUGUUAAGGAUCUUCAGAUGGAUGUAUAAAUUUCUGGGUGCAAGAGAUGUCUACCCACUACAAUCAUGGCGGAGUACUAGAAGGGCAUCAGUUUGCUGUUCUUUGUUUAGUUGCCCUUGAGAAUUUGGUGAUCAGUGGAUCUGAG